AUGACUGGAAAGCAGCCGGAGCAGAGUAUCGUGCCGCCACGCGAAGGACGCGGCCCGCGCGGCCCAGAUCUGGCCCAAUCGGCUCGCGCCGCCAGGCGCGAAGCAGCGUGCCGCACCACGCCUGCCGACCUUCGCCGCCCCGCCUGGAACCACCACCUCCCGGACCACCACCGCGCCGACGCCCGCUGGGCGAGGCCGGCUUCACCCGCACCGGCACCCGCUAGGCGCGGCAGGCCAACGAACCUCACCGUGUCCACCACGAGCUCCCCCCACGCCCGCGCGCCGCCGUACUCCGCCGCCCCGCACGGAACCGCCGCGUCCCAACCCACCACCGCGUCGACGCCCGCUUGGGCAAGGCCGGUCUCACCCGCGCCGACGCCCGCUUGGGAAAGGCCGGCGAGAGCGCCCCAUCGCGUCCACCGCGAGCUCGCCCCAAGCCGCCACCGCGGCGAGGCCAGCGGCAGCGGCGGAGGAGGAGGGCCUUAG